AUGAUUCAGUUCUCCGAAGAGACCAAGGAGCGCAUUGGGAAGAUCCUCGACAUCACCCGCGAAGUUGUGCAUUAUGGAUAUCUCCCUCUCAUAUUGUAUCUGGGUAAUGAGACAUCGAAUGCUUUGAACUUGAGCGAGGUCUAA